AUGGAAACAACAAAAAGCGAAUAUCGAACCCUGAAGUGCUCCGUAUUUGAUCUAACCAAGAAUGGUGUAUUCGAAAACCUCGAUGAAAAGUUUCGCCCAAGGGUCGAAUCGAUCAUUACUGACCACGUGAAGGUGAUUAAGCAGAAACUGGCCCACGAAAAUCUGCUAGAAAAUUACUGUGCUGCCUGGAGAGAUUACAAGGUGGACAGCAAAAACUUCCAGAUGCUCUUCUUACAUUAUAACAAAUGGAUUUUAAAAGACAACGAAGCAUUUUCCGGUUUAUUCCUCGACAAGUGCGGCUACAAAAAGAAAUUAACUAAUCUUGAGGAAAUGACAAAUAUCGCGUGGAAGACACACGUACUGGAGCCAAUAGGUCUCGCAAUCACGAGCUUGCUGUGGAAUGCUAUCGAAGAAGAAGAAAAUGAAGUGGCGAAAGUCGUGCAUGAAAUUUUGCAAUCCUUUGAGCAAGUUGAUGCAGUUGACCUCUUGGAGACGUUCUUUGAGAAACUGCGAGAGCUUUACGAAUCAAAGACAAGUGAAUGGUUCCAAGGAUUGAACGCGGCUGAGUUCAUCGAAAAAGUUGUGCAGAUGAUGGAAAAAGAAGUCACGCGGUGCAAAACAUUUCUCCCUGAGAGAUCGAUUGGCAAGAUGAAAGAAAUCUUCAUCGAGAAAGCUUCCUGCUUGGAGCGCAUUGAUGAGAUGAUGAUGGAAUGCCAGCAAAUGCUCAAGGAAAAUCGUAAGGACGAGUUGGAAAACCUGUACAAAAUCCUUCAGCUGCUUCCUGCUAAAAGCAACAGAUUCGUACGUCUGUCGGCGAUCUUGCGAAUCACGGCGCUAAAUGAGGCUUUCAAUUCAUCCUUCUUGAACAUGGAGGAGUUCGAGGCAAACUUGCUGAGCAUUUACAGAAAGUACAAUGCGCUGAUAGAUGAGCCAUUUUCCCAGAACUCUCUUUGCAUUGAUGAGCUGCAGAAAGUCCUGGGGUACAACAAAGGAGAAGAUCGCUGCGACGGCACCAGGAUGUUGGUGAAAUGCAUGAAGGAGUUGAGCAGUUCAGAAAAUUCAGUUGCAGAAUCUGAUUUGAAAGCAUCGGACCGCAAGGAUUUGCUUUCGAAUCUAAAAUUAAUCUUCAAAAAGCUCAACUUGCCGGAGAAUCUUGAAAUGGAUCACCCCAAUUUGAAGCACAAGAUCCAGCAUGAGGACGAGGAGCUUGAGCAAAAGAAAAAGAAACGCCGACUUUCUGAUUCAUCGCUGCGAUAA